AUGAACCCAAAUCCAAAUAAUAAUUUUACAUCAAAUUUCAUUAUUGAAAAAAACAAUUUUAUCAAAGAAUUUUCUCCCGAUUAUGGAUAUAAUGGAAAAAUCGAUCAAAUACGCGAGGUUGAAUAUCAACAACUUAAAGGCACAACAAUUCAUGCAAAUAGUGCAUUAACAUCUUUUACCAAGGAUAUCUCUACUAAAAUUUACGGAAAUCCGCAUUCUUCGAAUUCGCCCAGUUCACAACUUACUGCUCAACGGGUAGAAAAAGUCCGAACCCGAAUUCUAAAUCAUUUUAAUGUUAAGCCUGGUGACUAUCAAGUUAUAUUUACACAAAAUACAACUGCUGCCAUAAAAAUAGUUGGAGAAGCAUUUCCGUGGACAAAAAGAAAAAGUAAAUUUAUAUAUUUAAGAGAAGCUCAUAACAGUUUAAUAGGUUUAAGAAGAUUUGCAGAAGAACACCAAAUCAAUGAUGUUAAAGUUGUGUCAGAAGAUGAUUUAACAUCCAUGUCAUUUAUUGACCAAGAUCAACAAGAUCCUAUUUCUUGCUAUGGUAGUGAUGAUGAUAAUGGCGAAAACCAGACGAAUAUAUAUAAUCUUUUUGCUUAUCCUGCUCAGUGUAAUUUUUCGGGUCAACGUUUUCCAUUUAAAUGGUCUAAAGAAAUAAAAAGACUCGAUCCAAAAUUCCUAGUAUUACUAGAUGCCGCAUCUUUCGUAUCAUCAUCUCUAUUAUCAUUGGAAGAUAAAGAUUCGUCACCAGAUUUUGUGGUUAUGAGCUUUUAUAAAAUGUUUGGCUUUCCAACAGGCUUAGGUGCUUUACUGGUGAAAUCUGAAUUAUCAUCAAUUUUGAAGAAACGGUAUUUUGGUGGUGGUACUAUUCAAGCAAUUGCAUAUGACAGGCCAUGGCAAAUAUUUCGGGAGAAAUUGAGUGAACGUUUUGAAGACGGUACAAUAAACUUUCUUGAUAUAGUUGCCCUUGAUCAUGCAUUUACUGUUUCGGAAAAUCUUUACACAAAUUUUGAUUUUAUCAAAAAACACGUAACUUCACUCAUCACAUAUUUAUAUAGAAGCAUGAAAUCUCUCUAUCAUUCGAAUGGCAAAGCGGUUUGUGUUAUCUAUUCAAAUAAAAAAGAUUUUUCUGAUAAUACUGGUCAAGGUCCUGUUAUAAAUUUUAAUGUUAAACGUUCAGACGGUUCAUGGGUUGGAUAUUUGGAGGUUGAGAGAUUGGCCGGCAUGAAUGGAAUACAUAUUAGAGCCGGUGAACAUUGUAAUCCUGGUAGUGUGGCUAAAUGGAUCAAUGUGACCACGAUUGAUAGAAUAGAAAAUUAUAAGGCUGGUAAAACAUGUGGAGAUGAGCAAGAUAUGUUUAAUGGAAAACCAACGGGAUCUCUUCGUGUUUCAUUGGGAUCAAUGUCUACCAUUGAUGAUAUUCUUGGUUGGUUAGAUUUCCUUGAGAAAUAUUUUGUGGAAAAUAAACCAUCGAACUUAACAUCGUUAGAUACGAAUAAAAGUUUUAAGAAAAUUACUAAAAAAUUUAAUCAUGACGAUGACGAUGGAAAUUCACAAUUAUUUUUAGAAACUGUUACUUUAUAUCCCAUUAAAUCAUGUCACGGGCUUGUUGUUCCAUGGUCAACAUCUUGGCCAAUAACAACUCAAGGAUUAUUGUAUGAUCGUGAAUGGAUGUUGGUUGAUUCGGAAACUGGGCAAGCUUUGAGCCAGAAGAAAGUUCCUCGUAUGGCGUUACUUCUCCCGUCAAUUCAAUUAGAAAAGGGUGUACUGAUAAUCAAUGCACCAAAUAAAUUCCCAUUACAAUUGGAUUUGAACGAAUAUCCUGAGCCAAUUGAUUUUAUAAAAUGCGAUUCGCGAGUUUGCGGUGACAGGAUUCAAUCAAUUAGAUAUAAAAAUCCAGAAAUUAAUGAAUGGUUUACAUCUUUUCUUGGUGUCUCGUGUCAACUGGCUCGAUUUCCCCCUAUUAUUAAUAUUAUUGAUAAUGAUGAAAAUAAAAAAUCAUUGUAUCAUCGUCAUGUUAAACCACAUCUUGAAGUAGGUGUAAAUGCUACACCGAUUUCAUUAUCAAAUGAAUCACCAUUUUUAAUGAUUUCAAAAUCGAGUGUUAUUAAUUUAAAUGAAAAGAUUCGAAAUAGCGGGAAAAAUGAAAUAUCAGCUGAUUGUUUUCGAGGUAACUUUUUAAUUAAAGGUGCAAAAAAAUAUGAGGAAGAUGGAUGGAAAUUGAUCAGUAUUGGAGAACAAGUUUUUGAAGGCAGAAUAUAUUUUGGUCAACAUAUGAUUCAUGUUCCUGAACGUUCUUGUAAACCAUAUAUCAUCAAGAAUGGUUCUUCUAUUCGAGUUUUAGAAAGAUUGGAUUCUUUUAAAUGUUUUAAUUCAGAAGAAAAUGAUUGA